GAAUGCAAAGCGGGAUGAUGUGGAGGCUGGUGAGCUGCGCUGUGUUCGUGUUUCUGGGCUGGCAGCUCGGUUCCGUCCGGGCCGGAGCAGCUGGAGCAGCCGAACCGGAGGACCAGGUCCAGAUCCAGGUUCUGUUCAGGCCCGAAGAGUGCAGCAGGAAGAGCAAGAAGGGAGACCUGAUCAACGCUCACUACGAUGGCUUCCUGGAGAAAGAUGGUUCCCAGUUCUACUGCAGCCGGUCGGACAAGCAGGGACACCCGCAGUGGUUCGUCCUGGGCGUGGGACAGGUCAUCAGAGGCCUGGACGUCGGCAUGAUGGACAUGUGCGCCGGGGAGAAGAGGAAGGUGACGGUUCCGGCCGCGCUGGCGUUCGGUCAGACAGGAAAAGGUCCGGUUCCUCCCAACGCCACGGUGGUGUUCGAGGUGGAGGUGCUGUCCGUGUCCAGAGGCCCCCGCAGCAUGGAGGCCUUCGGACAGAUGGACCUGGACCAGGACAAGAGCCUCACCAAGGGGGAGGUGAAGGAAUACCUGAAGCUGGAAUACGAAAAGGGCGGGAAACCACGGGACGAGCCGUUCUACGAGAAAAUCCUGGCCGACAUCUUCUGGAAGAGCGACAAGGACCAAGACGGGCAGAUCAGCGCCAAGGAGUAUAAUAUAUAUGAACGGGAUGAGCUUUAGCGGCUGUGUCUGUGAUUUCUUUAGAAGAGAAGAAACAGGAAGAAGUGAAACCGAAUCAGUUGGUCUGUUUUCAUGAGUUAAACCACUUCUGCUCCCAGAUUACAUCCACACUUCUUCUUCUGGUGUUUUCAAAGUUAAUUUAGUGGCACACAUUUCUAAGUAACUGUGAUUUUUAUCGGUUUGGAUCACGUCCAGAAUCGAUGUCUUUAGAUUAACGGUUCUAGAACUGGAAGGUAGGAACCAAUGUAAGCCUGCUGUAGUACCCGGACUAACCACGAGGCUGCACAGGUCACAUGACUGCCAGGCGGACGAGCCACAGGCAGAACUUUUUAUUUGAAACACUCCUGAGGCUGGAUGUAUGAAAUAAAAACAUGGAACAAAUUA